GGGUCAUAUCAAAAUCCAUAGUUUUGGUCCCUAAACUUGCCCUCGAUUUAUAUAUGAGGUCCACCUAUAGUCGUACAUAUACUGUAGUCACUGCUCAUAGUGUUCCCUUCCCUUCUAAGCGUGCCAAACAAAAGGCAUUUCUUACAGAGCUUUUUCUUGGUUUAAUCUCUUUUUGGAGUCACACUCGUGUCAGGUAACUUGUUGUGCAACCUUACCAUGAAGGAGAAAAGAUUUCUUUUCACAUCCGAAUCAGUCGCUGAAGGACAUCCUGAUAAAAUGUGUGACCAGAUCAGUGAUGCUGUUCUUGAUGCACAUAUCAAGGUUGAUCCAGAUGCCGAGGUAGCUUGUGAAUGUGUGGCUAAAACUGGGAUGAUUUUACUAUGUGGUGAAAUAACUUCCCAAGCUGUUGUGGAUUACCAGAAAGUUGUGAGAGAUACUCUCAAGAAGAUUGGUUAUGAUGACUCCUCCAAAGUUCAGAUAGUUUCAUCACCAACUGUAGAAGAGCACCAUGAGACAUCCGAAGUCUUCCACAUCAACACAGUGAGGCUUAAAAGCCUUGUCAUGAAGGCGUGCCUCCACUAA